AUGGCAGAUGAUCCCAAAGCCCCGACUGAGCACAUCGAUUUCCAAGAUGUGGAUCGAUUGGCAGCAGCACGGCAACUCACAGAAGAUGAAUUCCUGCGAGUGGAAAAAUCACUGAAGAGGAAACUAGACCUCCGUCUCUUGAUGUGCGUGUGGCUUAUAUUCGUGAUGAAUUAUUUGGACAGAAACAAUAUUUCAGCUGCCAAAGUCGCCGGGAUUUCUCAGUCUCUACACAUGUCAAGUACCCAAUACGCAACAGCGGUGGCUAUAUUGUUCGCUGGUUAUGUCUUAAUGCAACUGCCAUCCAAUAUCUUCCUGGCCCAUUUGCGACCAUCCAUCUAUUUACCCGUUGUGAUGGCAGUAUGGGGUAUGCUGUCUGCCCUGGUUGGGGCUGUUCAUAAUUACUCAGGACUCUACGCUCUGCGUUUCUUACUGGGUUUUGUCGAAGCGGCCUUUUAUCCCGGUGCCUUAUUCUUGAUCUCUUCAUGGUAUAAACGCGAAGAGAUGGGCGUGCGCAGCGCGUUUCUAUUUUCCGGGUCGCAGCUCGGCAGUGCAUUCUCUGGACUCAUCGCCGCCGGAAUUCAAGAUGGUUUGAAUGGUGCUCGAGGUCUCGAAUCGUGGCGAUGGAUCUUCCUUAUUGAGGGUUCGAUUACUGUAUUCAUUGCUCUGUGUGCUUUCUUUAUUCUGCCUGACUAUCCUAGCAACACGCGUUGGCUGAGCCCCGUUGAAAGAGCUGUUGCAGAGUGGCGUCUCGUCUCUGAUUCCGGGCAGAUCGAUGAAGAUAAUGCCGGCUGGAAAUAUGGUUUCAAAAGAGCUCUGACGGAUUGGCGCCUGUAUAUUUUCGCCUUGAUUUUCCUAUGUAUUCAAGUGGCCAGUGCGACGUCAAAUUUCUUCCCGUCAGUUGUCGAGACACUCGGAUUUAACCGGGUGGAUACUCUCCUGUUAACUGUGCCUCCAUACAUGGUUGCUCUGGUCAUGUCUAUUCUCAACAAUAGGUCGGCUGAUCAGCUGAGAAACUCAUCCUUUCAUGUCUGCUGGCCCCUUGUUGUUGCUAUCUGUGGAUUUGUCAUUGGUGCUGCCUCCACUAACCUGGGAGCUCGCUACUUCGCCAUGAUACUCAUGGUCGCUGGCGGCCAUGGGGCCAACGCUGUGCUUCUGGCAUGGACACAAAAGACUAUGCUACGACCUCGCGUCAAGCGCGCCGCGUCAGUUGCGUUUGUCAAUGCGAUUGGAAAUCUCUCCCAGAUAUUCUCAUCUUAUCUUUACCCGGAUGAUGGUGCGCCUCGAUAUGUUCUUGCUAUGAGUGUGAACACUGCAUUCUGUGUAGUGGCGAUUGUUCUAUGUCUCCUGAUGCGAGUGAUCCUCCUAAGAGCCAACCGAAGACUAGACGCGGGUCAGACGACGGUGGCACAAGAAAUGAAGGGCGAGAGUCAAGCCAGGGACCCCGAGGUGGCUGAGAAUGAGGAAAUUGUCCGCAGGGACGACUUUAGGUUCAUUGCAUGA